UGUUGUGUACUCUCUCUCUCUAUAACUUUUCAAUUUCAAUGGGAUUCCCAGUAGGAUGUACAGAAGUAUUCCUUCCAAGGCUCUUCAUAUACAUUCUCUGUCUACUAGGUUUUAUCAAAACCUCCAUUUCAUCUCUCACUCGUCUUCUCGGCCUAACCAUUUUUCUCGAUUACGAUACCAGCGCCCCCUCAAUCGACGAUCAAUACCACGUCCACGUGUCCGACCGGCCGCCGAUCUCCGCAAUGCUGAUACGCGAGCUACUUCCGGUCAUGAAAUUCGAGGACCACGGUGUCGACGACGACGGUCAGUCGCCGGAUAAUUGUGCGGUUUGUUUGUACGAAAUCGAGGGAGGAGAGGAGAUCCGGUUGUUGACGAACUGUAAGCAUAUUUUCCAUCGGGGGUGUUUGGACCGUUGGAUGGAUCAUGAUCAGAUGACUUGUCCGCUUUGUAGGACACCCUUUGUACCCUAUGAUUUAAGGGAUGAGUUUAAUCAACGGUUAUGGGCUGCUUCUGGAGCUGUUGAUCCUUAUAUUGAUCAACAGUAUACUUUUGUUUCUGGUCUGUAGACUGUAGUAGAACUUGAUGAAUGAUUAAUUAUAUAAUAUAUGAUCUAUCAAUUUUGUCA